GGCGUAACUUUUAACUCAUUUUAACAUUCCGCAGGUGAUCGUCACUCGGUCCAUCGCCGUCUCCCUCACUCUAUUCCCGUCCGUCACGGUCACAGUCCCGCGGUCUUUCCCCGCGGAAUUCCAAUUCUGGCUCUUUCUCUAACAUACCCACAUACACAUUCCAAUUCCCACAUCUCAAAUAUCUCUCUCUCUCUCUCUCUCUCUCUCUCUCUCUCUCUCUCUCUCUCUCGUCCUGGUUUCAUGGAUAUCCCAUUGCCGUUCUCCAAAUUAGCUUUAGGAUUGAUUGAUCAGGACGCUUCUUCAGGAACCACAGCCAAGGAGAAGAUAUAUGUAGUUCUAGUAGCGAACGGAAGCUUCAAUCCUCCUACAUACAUGCAUUUACGCAUGUUUGAGCUGGCAAGAGAUGCAUUGAAUGCAGAAGGCUAUUGUGUUAUUGGAGGUUAUAUGUCACCCGUUAAUGAUGCAUACAAGAAAGAGGGCCUUUUAUCUGCUGAGCAUCGUAUACAGCUGUGUCAUCUAGCCUGCAAAAGUUCCGAAUUUGUAAUGGUUGAUCCAUGGGAGGCAAGCCAAAGUACCUUUCAACGCAGUUUAACUGUUUUAUCUAGAGUGAAGAGCAUUUUAUGCGAGAGUGGAGUGGUAUCAAGAGAAUCCCUUAAGGUUAUGCUUGUCUGCGGUUCUGAUCUGCUCCAUUCUUUUGGCAUUCCUGGAGUCUGGAUUCCUGACCAGGUCAGGGCCAUAUGCAGCGAUUAUGGCGUGGUUUGCAUUCGCAGAGAAGGACAAGAUGUUGAGAAAAUUAUUUCUGAUGAUGAAAUUCUAAAUGAAUGCAGGGGUAACAUUAAAGUCGUGGAUGAGCUUAUACCAAAUCAAAUCAGCUCAACAAGAGUAAGGGACUGCAUUUCAAGGGGAUUGUCCAUAAAAUAUCUGACAGUAGACGAAGUGAUAGAUUAUAUAAGGGAACAACAUUUGUACUUGACUCCAUGUGCAAGCUAACUGGACAGGAUUUGUAUUCCAAGCCUACACGAGGGUAUCCUGUGCCUUCCUUCUGCAGGGCAUUCUAGAAUUUAUUUGAUUAACACAAAGCCUAUUUCAUCUUCUUAGAAAGAAUCUUUGUAGUCUCUCUUUCAGCUCCAAGAGAUUGAUUACGAGACGAAGAAUUCGGUGUCUGGGCGAUUCAUUCAUACCUUACUGUAAAGAGUAAACAACGAUUUUACUUACACUUAAAACCAUUUUCUUGUCUAUUGUAAUUGGCAAUUUAACCUGUGAAAUCCCGUCCAAAAAUGUAGUCAAACCACUUAAAUUGCUGAAA